AGAAAAUUUUAACUAAGUAAUUAUAUGCAUCAGUCACAAAACCACAACAGAAUAUCAAUUGGUUAGAAAGAAAAAACAGAGUUAACAACUCAAGAUUUCAAAAAGUUUAAUUCAGGUUCUAUUUAGAUUGCUUUAAACGAGAAUUACCUAGACCAAAGAAGAAAUUGAGAAAUUAGAAACUAAAUUAGAAGUAUUUAAACCUGAGAAUGCAAAAUCUUAAAAUCAGAAAUAGUAUUAUCAUGACAGAAGAAAAUUCAUAUUCACAAAUAUUAGAUUGUAGAUAAUUUAUAAAAAAUUUAGAUUAUAAGCUCAUCUUGGGAAAUUAAUUUAAAAUCAAGCAAUUUUGGAAGAUGAAAAUGUAGAGUAAUCUAAAUUAGAAAAUAUCUUGGGUUCAAUUCAAGAUUUAAGUCAUUAGAACUUGGAAAUCAUGAAAAACUUUCAAACUCUCAAUCAAACACCUGACGAUUAACCCCUGCCACCUGAUUUCAUAAUGAUGAGUGAAAGGGUGGCUAGAAAUUACAAGGUUAUAUAAACUCAAGAGGAAGUUGAUGAUAAAUUUAAUAAAUUAAACAACUACUUUUAGAAUGAGAUCUAGAAAUAUUACAAAAAUCCAAUUUCAGCUCCAUAUCUUAAAUAUGUGCCCAAAAUUGAUUGA